AUGCCAGUCAUUAUUUUCCGCUGGUGACAGUCUCUAAAGCAUGCGAAAAAAGACCAUCACUUUGUCGGAAACCAUUUUAAAAGUAAAACAAGAUGGCGCUACCCACGAACCAAAUCAGAGGAAAAGCAGCUUCAAUUUGCGAAGCGAAUAGCCAGCUACCGGCAUGGAUGACGGCCGAAGAGAAAACCGGGACAACCAUUAUGGCUGUGGAGUUUGAUGGGGGUGUGGUACUGGGCGCAGAUUCAAGAACGACAUCAGGUGCCUACAUCGGAAAUCGUGUGACUGAUAAAUUAACCAAGGUUCAUGACUCCAUAUACUGUUGUCGGUCUGGGUCAGCAGCGGACACACAAGCUGUUGCUGAUAUAGUCACAUACAGUCUUGAUGUACACAGCAUGAACACAGGAGAGCCGCCUCUUGUUCGGACUGCAGCCAAUCUGUUCAGGAAUUUGUGCUACGAGAAUCGCGAUUCUCUAUCGGCUGGAAUCAUCGUAGCUGGUUGGGAUAAGGUCAAAGGUGGACAGGUGUAUUCAAUACCGAUUGGUGGAAUGUUUGUACAGCAGCAAGUAGCCAUGGGAGGCUCAGGUAGUACCUACAUCUAUGGCUACCUAGAUUCCACAUUUAGGGAGAACAUGACCAAGGAGGAAUGCUUCAAAUUUGUUGCUGAUGGUUUGGCUCUGGCCAUGUUCCGUGACGGUUCCAGCGGUGGUAUAAUCCGUUUAGCAAGUAUCACCAAAGAUGGAGUUGAACGACGAACGAUCCUCGGGGACAAACUACCCAAAUUCUACGAGGGUUAACUUUAGAGUUUUAUUGUUUAAAUGUGUUUCAGGCCUAGAGUUUCAAUCACACAGAGGGAAGCAAGGCUAUAUUUCCUGAGGAAUGGCAUGGGUACUUGUAGCUAUUUAAAAGUGAACCUUAAAAAUGAGCACCAAGGCCCAAUCCAGGGCAACAAAGGAAAUGGUCAAUGCGCCUCUCUGUUAGCUUCCAGGCCAAAUGUUAAAUAUGUGUAUUAACCCUUAAGAGAAAUUUCAUUUCUUUGUAAUCAUCACAAAAUGCCCAGACAAUGCUAACACUGUUCAAUUCUUGAAUCAAAUGUUUUCACACCCCCAAUUACCCCCACACCCCAAUUACUUACUAACUACUUGUACCAGAUCUUGAAUUCUAUGCUCCAAACCGCUUGGCCACGACACCCUGUAUUUAGCCUGUAUUAAUGCAACAUUCCAAAUGGCAGCUCGCUUUCAUUUUGUGAGGACAGUUUAAAGUGUCUGAUCUUUGUCACACAAUAGUAGUUAAUCAAUAAUGCAUCAACUACAAAGCUUGAUGGAUUGCCCUAAACAAAUUUCUAGUUGAAAUAGGCAAUGGAAUUGUUCCAAAGGAGUUGUUGUGUUCUCCAAACAAGUAAAGUCCCAUAAUUUAAAUAUAUAAUUUGUUCAAAGUACCUUAAGAGUGUAUUUGGUUUUAAUGUCAAAACAGUGUAGUUCUUUUUGGAUAGUAAAAAUUGUUGUUUCCAAAUCUUUUGGAAAAUAAAACAGAUUAAAAACAAA